AUGACCACGAUCACUCACUUGAUGAGACCCCUCAUUGAUGAACUGGUUGGCUUGACCACUCCAUUCAAUCUAGAAACACACACACAUCCUAAUGGAAGGACGGUCCAAAUCAAGCUGCUACCUCUUAUUGGAGACUUAGGUGCAACUCAUAAGGUUGCUGGCUAUGCAUCACACUCGGCUAACUACUUCUGCUCAUGGUGUAAAGUCCAUAAAGACGAAUGCCACAAACUUGAAUUCGGACAACCAAGAACUGGUUCAGAAGUGCAGAAAAUAUCCAAAAGCUGGCUGGACAACAAGACUAUCAAAGGCCGAGAAGAAAUCUUGCGAGUGAACGGUGUACGAUACUCUGAACUCAACCGACUCACAUAUUGUGAUCCAGUAAAGCAUGUUGCUUUGGGGGCAAUGCACAAUUGGAUGGAGGGUGUUCUUAUGCAUCACUUUCGUGAACGUUGGGGCUUUCAAACUUUAUCAGUGAAAGAGAAGAGAAAUCGUGGGGUUGAUACUGACAACCAUGCAAGCAGGAAGCGACCACGUCUGGAAACUGGCAAUGAUGAUACUGUAUCACUUGAUCAAGAUGAUGAAGAUCUGGAGGAUUCUGAUUUUGAGCUCGACCAACGUUCAGGUGGACUUUUUACCGAACUGGAUAUGAACCUCUUUCGAUCAGCUCUGCCAGAAGUUGUACUUCCAACUGUAGUUGGUUGUAUCCCGAGUCAAUUAGGCAAAGCCAAAUGCGGGAAGCUCAAAGCUUCUCAGUGGUAUGUUCUCUUUGUAUAUGUUAUACCCUUAAUUGUGGCCGACAUCUUUGUGACCGACAUCGACAAAAUCAAUGCAAAAUCAAACCAGGCAUUAAUAGUGGACAACAUUGCCUGCUUGAUUCAAUGCACCCACAUCGUUAAUUCAAGGCAUGUGAAGGAAGUCCAUGGGAAAAGGUUUGAAGAUAGCUACCAAAAAUACAAUGAAACUUCAAAGAAAAUUUUUGAAAAUCUUGCUGUUCACCCAAAUCAUCAUUACGCACUACACAUACCCAAACAGCUUAAGCUAUGGGGAACUUUAGGAGGGGUUGCAGAGUUUACUGGUGAGAGAAUGAUUGGAAAGCUACAAAAUAUAGAGACAAACCAUCGAAUGGGUGAACUUGAAGGAACAAUGAUGAAGCGUAUAUGUCAGAUUCAGCGAUUGGAAGCUAGAGAUGAAUUCACAAACAUUCUUGAUGAUUUAAAAGAUGAUCAAAAACCUGAAACCAGAGGAAGAGCCAUCAUGGUGAACAAGGAAAUAUAUCAUGUCAGUUACGGUUCCUGGGUCAGAAAGCUUGACUCUACUGAAUGUUCAAAGUAUUGA